UCCAAGGCACAACGGCGUCAAUGGUUUACCAGAGCUCUUGGCGUUUCCUGAUAUUUUCUCUGAGUGUCGCUCUGUAUGGCUCUCACGUCGUUCUCAUCAAUCUAUCGAAGGACGACAACGACCGUGUUACAUUCAACUCGGCUACCGUCGUCUUGAUGAUCGAAUUCGGCAAGUUUAUCUCUUCUCUGCUGGCGUAUUUGAUGGAGUUGUUAUGGAUGCCGGAAAAGUCGACGUCCAGACAGAUGUGGCAGCGUGUAGCACCUCUGUUUGAUGUUGCCAGUUGGAUUCCUUAUGUUGUCCCGGCUGCUCUUUACUCUGUCAAUAACAACCUUGUUGUACACAUUCAGCAUUACACUGAUCCGGCGACCUUUCAGGUUCUCAGUAAUAUGAAGAUCCCGACGACUGCUUUGCUCUACAGACUGUUGACUGGACGGAAGAUACCUCGCAAUAAACAGGUCGCUCUUCUAUUUUUGACUAUUGUAGGAAUGAGCUGCAGUUACUCUGGUAUCCAGGCUGAAAAGGAGAUAACCGCUGCUAAAGGAUACGAGGACACACAUCGGCAGGAAUCAAUGAGGCAACAUCUUUCUCUUCUAGGUCUGCUCCUAAUUUUGAUCUAUUCAUUGGUGUCUGGAUUUGCUGGCGUAUCCAUAGAGAUGAUAAUGAAGAGGAGAGCUCAUAUAAAUAUUAAAGUUCAAAAUGUUCAUCUUGCCUCUUUCGGGAUCAUGAUCAACCUAUUGAUGUAUCUGACAACUGCUGAUGCAGAGUUGUCGUUCUUCAGUGGCUAUAACAUUUGGACUGCCUUGAUUAUAGUAACACAGAUUGCCAAUGGAAUGAUCAUCUCAUUUGUGUUGAAGCAUUUGGGCAAUUUGACUCGAUUGCUCAUUAUUUCGUGUUCAGCAGUGGUCACAACAUUUGUGUCCCAUUUUCUAUUUGAAUUGUCUCUAGAUCUCUACUUUAAUCUCGCCGUUUGUCUAUUAUUUCCUACAUUGUAUCUUUAUGGAAAAGACUGAUUCCCACCCUUGAUCAUUCACGUAACACAACAAUGGAAUGAGGCUUUUACUUGAUACAGAAUAUUUUAGUUAAUAUAUUGAGGCGUAGACAUUCAGAUGUAUAAGAUGUCUGCUUGUGUAGUUCAAAUGUGUGUGCUAUGUCUCCAGUUCCUCGGUGAAAUCAGAUCAAUUGAUGGGGUCUUUACAUAUAUUUCA